UAAAUCCUCCUUCAGCACUCACCUUACUCAGCUGUGCUCGGCAUUCAUUGGUUGUGUCCUACAGCUUCACCUAAAGAGCUCAAGCAACAUGUCAGCCAUCCGUUUGCUCCUGCUGUCUGCAGUGGUGCUUCUGAGCACUGUCGCACUCACUGAAGGCAUGCGUUACAGGACUGGACCUAGGAGCUGCUGCUUUGAGUUCACUGACAAGCCGAUAAAACUGAACAAUGUGAGGAGCUACAAACGGACUAGCCAGCAGUGCAACAAAGAAGCCGUGCUGUUCACGAUGAAGAAGGGAUUGCAGGUGUGUGCCCGGACCACUGACACGUGGGUGCAACAGCACAUCAAGGUUCUGCAGAGCAAGAUGGUCAGCGGCAAGGGCCCGCUGUAAUCCUCUUCAUCACGGCCUUCCUCCUCCUCACCACUGAUUGCUCAAAUCAAAGGAGUAGGACAGAUGAAGCAAAACUCUAAAGCUUGUAGUGGUCUGUGCUGUAUUUACCACUAACCAUUCAGUAUGUUAAAGCUAUCUAUUACAAAUGUUAAUGUGAACAAGAAUGUCUCUGAGUGUUUAGUUUUACAUUAUGGUAUUUGGUAUUUGGUAUUUGUCAAUGCACUUCUAUUUAUGAACACAGCUAAGAGAAAUAGUACUCUGUGCAUUUUGAUGGUAUUUCAAUAACAUAUAAGUAUGAAAAAAGUAUAAGGUAUAGACAAUUUUUGUGUGGACUCAGAGUGCUACAAAAGAUUAUUAUCAGUGUACUACCAAGUUUGGCACACAUAGCUUGUGUAAUAUUUAGUUAUGUUUACUCUUGUACUUUGCUUUUUACAUGUACUGUGUAAAAGUCUGAUUAUGUUGACUUACUUAACUAAAUAAAUAC